UGGAGUUUCAUGGAGUCAUGAGAUUUUAUUUUCAAGAUAAAGCUGCUGGAAACUUCGCAACAAAAUGCAUUCGGGUAUCUAGCACAGCAACCACUCAAGAUGUGAUUGAAACACUGGCAGAGAAGUUCCGCCCUGAUAUGCGCAUGCUGUCCUCUCCCAAAUAUUCCCUCUAUGAAGUGCAUGUCAGUGGAGAAGAAAGAAGAUUAGACAUUGAUGAGAAACCUCUAGUUGUGCAGUUGAACUGGAACAAAGAUGAUCGGGAAGGUAGAUUCGUCCUUAAGAAUGAGAAUGACGCCAUUCCUGCCAAGAAGGCUCAGAGUAAUGGACCUGAGAAGCAGGACAAAGAAGGCGUCAUUCAGAACUUCAAGAGAACUCUUUCAAAGAAAGAAAAGAAGGAAAAAAAGAAGAGAGAAAAAGAGGCACUGAGACAAGCCUCUGAUAAGGAAGAAAGGCCUUCACAAGGGGAUGACAGCGAGAAUUCUCGACUGGCUGCUGAAGUUUACAAAGACAUGCCUGAAACGAGCUUUACUCGGACAAUUUCUAACCCUGAGGUAGUAAUGAAACGCCGGCGGCAGCAAAAACUUGAGAAAAGAAUGCAAGAGUUUCGGAGCUCAGACGGGCGGCCUGACUCAGGUGGAACGUUGAGAAUAUAUGCAGAUAGUUUAAAACCAAAUAUUCCAUACAAGACAAUCCUGCUGUCUACUACAGAUUCCGCAGACUUUGCUGUAGCGGAAUCUCUGGAGAAGUAUGGUCUGGAAAAAGAGAAUCCCAAGGACUACUGCAUUGCCCGGGUUAUGCUUCCCCCUGGAGCCCAGCAUUCUGAUGAAAGAGGUGCUAAGGAAGUUAUUCUUGAUGAUGACGAGUGUCCUUUACAAAUCUUCAGGGAAUGGCCAAGUGACAAAGGGAUUUUAGUCUUUCAACUGAAGAGAAGACCACCAGACUAUAUCCCAAAGAAAAUGAAGAAACACGUUGAAGGGAAGCAGCUGAAGGGGAAGGACAGAGUUGAUGGGUCUGGCUAUGGUUCUGCUCUUCCUCCUGAGAAACUACCCUACUUAGUAGAGUUAAGCCCUGGGAGAAGGAAUCACUUUGCGUACUACAGCUAUCACACCUAUGAAGAUGGCUCUGACUCCAGAGACAAGCCAAAGUUAUACCGCCUUCAAUUAAGUGUGACUGAAGUUGGGACAGAGAAGUUUGAUGACAAUUCUAUCCAGUUGUUUGGCCCAGGGAUUCAGCCCCAUCACUGUGAUCUCACGAACAUGGAUGGAGUGGUCACUGUGACUCCCAGAAGUAUGGAUGCAGAGACCUACGUGGAUGGCCAGCGCAUCUCAGAGACUACCAUGCUGCAGAGUGGCAUGAAAGUGCAGUUUGGCACCUCACACGUGUUUAAGUUUGUGGAUCCCAUCCAGGACCACGUUCUUUCGAAGAGAUCGGUGGAUGGAGGCCUGAUGGUCAAGGGCCCAAGACAUAAACCUGGAGCUGUUCAGGAGACAACCUUUGAUUUGGGAGGAGAUAUUCACAGUGGGACAGCAUUGCCAGCAAGCAGGAGCACAACUAGACUGGACAGUGACAGGAUGUCCUCUGCCUCCAGCACCGCUGAGCGAGGGAUGGUGAAACCAAUGAUCCGAUUGGACCAGGAGCAGGAUUAUCGCCGAAGAGAAAGCAGAACCCAGGAUGCGGUUGGGCCUGAGCUGAUCCUGCCUGCCAGCAUUGAAUUCAGGGAAAGCUCGGAAGAUUCUUUUUUGUCCGCCAUUAUAAACUAUACCAAUAGCUCUACAGUUCACUUUAAGUUGUCGCCGACAUAUGUGCUGUACAUGGCAUGCCGGUAUGUAUUGUCCAGCCAGCACAGGCCCGACAUCAGCCCUGCAGAGCGCACACAUAAGGCCAUCGCUGUUGUCAACAAGAUGGUGAGCAUGAUGGAAGGGGUCAUCCAGGAAGUAGACCAGGUUGAUCAGAAACAAAAGAACAUUGCCGGGGCACUUGCUUUCUGGAUGGCAAAUGCAUCUGAACUUCUCAACUUCAUCAAGCAGGACCGAGACCUUAGUCGAAUCACACUAGAUGCCCAGGAUGUUUUGGCACACUUGGUUCAGAUGGCAUUUAAGUACUUGGUUCACUGUCUUCAGUCAGAGCUUAAUAACUACAUGCCAGCCUUUCUGGAUGAUCCCGAGGAGAACAGUCUGCAAAGACCAAAAAUAGAUGACGUGCUGCAUACACUCACCGGAGCCAUGUCCUUGCUGAGGCGCUGUAGGGUCAAUGCUGCCUUGACCAUCCAACUAUUCUCCCAGCUCUUCCAUUUUAUCAAUAUGUGGCUGUUCAACAGAUUGGUGACUGACCCAGAUUCGGGCCUGUGUUCUCACUACUGGGGAGCAAUUAUCCGCCAGCAGCUAGGGCAUAUUGAAGCCUGGGCAGAGAAGCAGGGACUAGAGCUGGCAGCUGAUUGUCACUUGAGCAGGAUUGUACAGGCUACUACUUUGCUUACCAUGGACAAGUAUGUGCCUGAUGACAUUCCAAAUAUAAACAGCACAUGCUUUAAGUUAAAUUCUCUGCAACUUCAAGCCUUAUUACAAAAUUACCACUGUGCACCUGAUGAGCCUGUUAUCCCUACGGAUCUCAUAGAAAGUGUUGUGGCUGUUGCUGAGAACACAGCUGAUGAGCUUGCCCGCAGUGAUGGCAGAGAUGUUCAGUUGGAGGAGGACCCUGACCUACAGCUACCUUUUCUUUUGCCAGAAGAUGGAUAUUCCUGUGAUGUCGUCAGAAACAUUCCAAAUGGUUUACAAGAAUUUUUAGACCCUCUGUGCCAGAGAGGAUUUUGCAGGUUGAUUCCUCAUACACGUUCACCAGGUACUUGGACGAUAUAUUUUGAAGGUGCAGAUUAUGAAAGUCACCUUAUGCGUGAGAACACAGAACUGGCCCAGCCUCUGAGGAAGGAACCUGAAAUAAUCACUGUGACCCUAAAAAAACAGAAUGGAAUGGGCCUCAGCAUUGUAGCAGCAAAGGGUGCUGGCCAGGAUAAACUGGGAAUCUAUGUUAAGUCUGUUGUGAAAGGAGGCGCUGCAGAUGUGGAUGGACGUCUAGCUGCUGGUGACCAGCUCCUCAGUGUGGAUGGACGAAGUCUGGUUGGACUUUCUCAGGAAAGGGCAGCAGAACUCAUGACAAGAACCAGUUCCGUGGUCACACUUGAAGUUGCAAAGCAAGGCGCCAUCUAUCACGGCCUGGCCACCCUCCUUAACCAGCCAUCCCCCAUGAUGCAGAGAAUUUCAGAUCGUCGUGGCUCAGGUAAACCCAGACCAAAGAGUGAAGGUUUUGAGCUCUAUAAUAAUUCAGCUCAAAAUGGCUCCCCAGAGAGUCCUCAGCUGCCUUGGACAGAGUACAGUGAGCCAAAGAAACUUCCUGGUGACGACAGACUGAUGAAAAACAGAGCUGAUCACCGUUCCAGCCCCAAUGUGGCAAAUCAGCCUCCUAGCCCUGGAGGGAAGAGUCCAUAUGCUUCUGGAACAGCAGCUAAGAUAACAUCUGUCUCUACUGGAAACCUCUGCACUGAGGAGCAGACUCCUCCACCUAGACCUGAAGCCUAUCCCAUCCCUACUCAGACGUACACCAGAGAGUAUUUUACCUUUCCAGCUUCAAAAUCCCAGGAUCGGAUGGCCCCUCCUCAGAACCAGUGGCCAAAUUAUGAAGAAAAGCCACAUAUGCACACAGAAAGUAAUCAUUCCAGUAUUGCAAUCCAGCGUGUUACCCGUUCCCAGGAAGAGCUUCGAGAAGAGAAGGGUUACCAACUUGAGCGGCAUCAAGUAGAGGCUGGCAUGGAUCGCAAGUGUGACAGUGAUAUGUGGAUCAAUCAGAGCUCCUCAGUGGACUCCAGCACAUCCAGCCAAGAGCACCUGAACCAUUCCUCCAAGUCAGUCACCCCUGCUUCCACUCUGACCAAAAGUGGUCCUGGACGUUGGAAAACCCCAGCAGCAGUUCUGCCCACCCCUGUCGCUGUCUCCCAGCCCAUUCGAACAGACCUACCUCCACCACCCCCUCCACCUCCUGUUCACUACACCAGUGAUUUUGAUGGCAUUCCAGUGGAUUUGCCCCUCCCACCUCCUCCUACCAACCAGGUAGGACCCCAGUCUGCUCAGGUGGCUGCUGCAGAGCGGAAAAAGAGAGAAGAACAUCAGCGGUGGUAUGAGAAAGAGAAGGCCCGCCUCGAGGAGGAACGGGAGAGGAAGCGCAGGGAGCAGGAGCGGAAGUUGGGGCAGAUGCGCACACAGUCCCUGAACCCUGCUUCCUUCUCUCCUUUGGCCACACUGACCAAGCCAGAAAAGCCUUCCACAUUGCAGAGGCCCCAAGAAACAGUCAUUCGGGAGCUGCAGCCCCAGCAACAGCCCCGCACGAUUGAGCGCAGGGACCUGCAGUACAUCACCAUCAGUAAAGAAGAACUGUCUUCUGGUGAUAGUCUGUCUCCAGACCCCUGGAAACGAGAUGCCAGGGAGAAGCUGGAGAAGCAACAGCAAAUGCACAUUGUGGACAUGCUGAGCAAGGAGAUCCAUGAGCUGCAGAACAAGGUGGACCGCACUGCAGAGGAGAGCGACCGCCUGCGGAAGCUCAUGCUGGAGUGGCAGUUCCAGAAGAGACUGCAGGAGUCCAAGCAGAAGGAUGAGGAUGAUGAGGAAGAGGAGGAUGAUGAUGUGGACACCAUGCUGAUCAUGCAGCGUCUGGAGGCUGAGCGCAGAGCCAGGGUAAAGGGGAAAGGCCUUGGUUCAGACUGCUAUGCCAGCAAUCUCUGUUCUAGAUUUGGAAAAGUCCAAACCCAGUGUGGGAGCCUUAACCCUCUGCCCCAGAGAACCACUAUGAGUUUGCUUUCUGGCCUGCAUUUUCCUGUCACAUUGCAGGAUGAGGAGCGCAGGCGCCAGCAGCAGUUGGAAGAAAUGCGCAAACGAGAAGCAGAAGAUCGUGUGAGACAAGAGGAAGACCGCCGCCAUCAGGAGGAGGAGCGAGUAAAGAGAGACGCUGAAGAAAAGAGGCGACAGGAAGAAGGGUAUUACAGCCGCCUAGAAGCUGAGAGGCGCAGACAGCACGACGAGGCAGCACGCAGGUUGCUGGAGCCCGAAGAUCCUGGGCUGAGCCGACCUCCACUUCCACGGGACUAUGAGCCCCCAUCCCUGUCCCCAGCACCCAGCGCCCCUCCUCCUCCCCCACCUCAGCGAAAUGCCUCCUACCUCAAAACACAGGUCCUCUCCCCAGAUUCGCUGUUCACUGCCAAGUUUGUUGCCUAUGAUGAUGAUGAGGAGGAGGACUGCGGCCCAGCAGGUCAGGAUAAGUACCCCAGCACAAGAAAGUCUCAUGAGCACCUUCCUCUUGCUGCCCCUAAGCCGCAGCAGCCACGCCCAGCCUCGGAUGGCAUCUUUCUCUCCAACUCAUUCCAGCCACCCUUGGCCAAAGCCAACAGUACUGCUGACAAAGCAGGCCCGCCCCCACCCCCUCCAGGCAAACCAAGCUUCUACCGGCCUGGCCACUGGAAAGGACUGCACUCUUCUUACACAGGAUCUGCAGGAACAAUCUUGGGAGCCCAUGAUGCUUCCCGGGACCCAAGAGAGAAGCACACGAGAAGCCAAGAAGCAGACUCACCUGGCAGUUCUGGAGCCCCUGAAAACCUGACAUUUAAAGAGCGUCAGCGCCUCUUUUCACAAGGGCAAGAUGUGUCUGACAAAGUAAAAGCUUCUCGUAAAUUAACAGAACUUGAGAAUGAGCUGAACACCAAGUGAGAAGAGAAAGAGAGCACCUUGUGCUCACACAAGAUCUGCCCUUGGCAGUGGUUUUGUGGGGUUGAGCCUGAGGAGGAGGGAACCGUUCUAUUUCUAAGUGAUUUCUAAUUUCUGUUUCUAAAAUGGUUUCAAGCUAGAGAUGUGUUCCAAUUUAAAAUCUUGUUUUACUUUUCCAAGAAAAUCUUGCCUAGUUCUUACUGAUUGACUCACAUGAACUUAUCUUUUUUUGUUAGCUUCUUUGGGGAAUCUUGGACUCAGAGGGCAGAAUGAAGGGCAGUAAAGACCGCAGGGUAUUUCCUCUACCCUCUUCUUUCCCAUCAUCAUUCCAAGGACCAUAGGCCAACAAAUUAUAUUCUGUUCUUUCUCAAAACUCCACUUGGCUACAUAGACUGUUACUGUGUUCUGGUGGAACCUGUGUUCAGGAGACAGGACUCUCAGUGUAGAGCCCCAGGGCAGGUGUCUUUCCACUGCACCUGCUAUAGUGUGCAUUAGGUAGCUAAAUGGAGUUUCUUAUCUGUAAGGUGCACAACACAUCAUUCUUGACCAAUGCGAACCCCCUGGUCAAUCCUAAAUGCUGAGAUUGAGUAGCUAAUUAAUAAUUCAGUUUUGAAAAAAUCUCAAAUUUUUAAAGAUUUAAUCUUAGGGAAUUUUAUUUUUAUAAAUACCAAAUCAUCAUUAGACUGAUCAUUGGUGAAAAGUAAAGAUGGUGGUUAUGUUAGGAAGUUACCUAGUGUUUCAGAUAUUCCAAAGGAUCUAGAGCUCUCCAGCUAAACAGCGUUUGUAUAGGUAGGAGCGGAGACAGCUGAGAAGAGUGGGAGCUCACAGGUGGCAAUCAAACGUAACUAUCAGAAGUUUUAAAUUUAGUAAAGAAAGAUUUGUGUAGGUAUGCUGUCAGAAAAGGGAGGAAGCGGUUACUGUGCCAUCUAAACUUAAAUACUGUAAGAAUAACGUGUGGUAGCUCAAAUCUACAUUUCUUUCGCAGCUUAAUAGAGUUGUUUAAAUUUAAUUUGUGAAUUUGUGUUGUCAUUCCUCCAGCUGAGUUGUGGGAGAAAAACAUGAGUUUAUUUUUGCAAGCUUUAUGAUUUCAAGCAUACUUCCUAUUUAACAAAGCCCUAAUGUGGGUCCAGAUUAUCUUUCUGGACUUUACUAUUCUCUUACAUAUCUGUACAUUAGGAAAAUAGGCACACUUUCAAAUAGAGCAGAGGCAUUUGCAACCCUAAAAACCACUUUUAAUAAGAACUGUAUGAUAAAUUGUUGAAAUAAAAAUGUAAAUAUUUUUUAUGUCUAUCAAGCUUCCUAUUUGAAAGUGUGCCUUUGCUGUUUCCUCUGUAAGAGAAUUGAAUGGUCCUGAGAGUUAAUGAAGGAUGUGCACACUUGCCCUGUCUAGGAAGUGCAAUCUCUUUGUGUCUGGAGCACUGGCAGCCUUUGGGUGGCAUAUCCAUACCUCCCAGAGAAGAGCAGAUACCUGCUGUUGCUGGUACAUGGGAAGACAGAUGCACACAAGAGCCUGCAAACAUCUGAAAACUCUGCAUGUGUGUUUGUGGAACCCAUAGUGAAAUAGACUUGGCCAUCCCUGGACAGUAAGAUCUAAUGUGAAUAUGUGUUGUAACACGUUACAUAGCGUGUGUUACUGUGGGGAAGCACCCAAACUGCUGUUGUUUUCCAUUUCUACUGUAUUUCAGUUGCAGCCUAUUUUUAAUAAACUUUGUAUCUAUUUAAGUGUACUUGCUAUUGUUCUCCAAGUGCUGACAAAGUUUAUAUUUGUAAUGCCAGCCUUCCUCUCUCCCGUUUCCAUCUACCACUACUUCAUUAAACAGUGCUGAGUGUCA